UCUCCAAAAAUCAAAAUUUUUUGAGAACAGCUUGUAUAAAGGAAGAAGUAUUUAGUAAAAUGAGAGCUGAUAAUAUAAGCCAAGUAGCUAAAAAUGAUGCAUUGAUUUGCUGGUAUGGUGAAAGCCUUCUGGUAAGGCAUAAAAGACAGCAGAUAGCGAAUCUCAUUUCCAAUCAAGUCAGAGAAAUGGGACGAAUGCUCAUUACUCUAAGAACAACGAAUGAAAAUGUUACUUCUUUCUUUGAUGUGCUUAGACCAGAAAUGUUUGGUAGCCUUUUAUCUGCAGCUCGAAUCAUCAGUGGAUAUAACAAAAAAGAAAAAAGUUUUAGAGCACCUUCUUUAGCAUUACAUAUGGGAACAAACUUAAAAUUAAUGUGCAAUGUAGCAUUUAAAAUAGUUAUUGAAAAACGAGUGCUCCCUGGAGUAACUUGGGAUAACAGAGAUAAAARKAAAUGCGAGAUCAAAGAUUUAAAAAAAUUAAUUGAAAGCCACUGGUGUAACGAAAUUUCAUGCYUGGCAUUAAAAACACUGAAGGARAGACAGUGGGAAAAAACUGGACAAUUACCUUUAACAAGCGAUAUACUUUUGUUUCAAAAUUACAUUAAUGACCUCGCUGACMAGGCAUAURAAAAUUUAAAAAACAAGUUAGAUGUACAGAGUUAUAAAGUUUUMACUGAGUGUGUACUUACUCAAAGUAUUAUCUUCAAUAGAAAAAGGGUAGGAGAUGUGCAGUUUCUUAAAAUUAAUUGUUAUGCAAGAGAAAAUCAGAG